AGCUGGAGGAAACGUUCACUGGAGCCCGCAGACUAAUCCACAUUAAUGAACUGUAUCACUGUUAGGUCACACGUGUAGAGUAUUUUACAUGCUGUCCGUAUGGAAAAGGAAUAUUUGGCUCCAGACACAAGGAGAGGCUGACCUGAACAAAGCACUGGGCACAGAUUGAGCGUCUCAAGUUUGAUCUGCGGGGAGUGGAGUCGCUCUCCUGUCACUGUGGACUAAUGAUGGCUCUAAUGGUUCACCUGAGGACGGUCGCUCACCUGCGGGGAAAAGGUGACCGGAUCGCCAAAGUUACAUUCAGAGGUCUGUCCUUCUACAGUCGCGUGGCAGAGAACUGUGAGGAGGUGGCCCACUUUAAUGAGACAUUUCGAUGGCCCAUUGCCAGCAGGCUGGAUGGAAACGAGAUGCUGGAGAUCCAAGUGUACAACUACAGCAAAGUGUUCUCCAACAGAUCGGUGGGAACGUUCUGUAUGGUACUGCAGAAGGUGGCUGAAGAGGGACACCUAGAGCUGACUGACACUCUCAUCGAUGAUAACAACACAUCAAUAAAGACCAGUGUUACUAUAGAAAUCAGAUACCAGCCGAUGGAUGGCACAGUGGGAGUGUGGAGCGACGGGGAGUUCCUGGAUGUGCCUGACGAUCGUGAUGGGAUGUUUGCGUUUGAAACCGACAGCUUGCUGUCUGGACGGAGCCACGGGUCAGGGACGUCCCCUGGUCGGACCUUACAGGGAUCCAUACCGACCUUCAGAAAAGCAGGGAAGGGAGUUUUCUCAGCCAUGAAGCUCGGCAAGAUGAAAAGCUCUAAAGACGAUCACAAGAGAGGAGAUGAGCCGGCAGUCCUAGACAUGGAUGACCUGGACAGAAGGGCGAUCCAUCUUGCUGGAACACUUGACCCAGACACCAUCUCCCUGGCCUCUGUCACUGCCGUCACCACUAACGUGUCAAAUAAGAGGUCAAAACCAGAUAUAAAGAUGGAACCGGGCUCUGGACGACCAGUGGAUUAUCAGAUCAGCAUCACAGUGAUCGAGGCUCGGCAGCUGAUAGGCCUCAACAUGGACCCUGUGGUGUGUGUGGAGAUUGGAGACGACAAGAAGUACACAUCCAUGAAGGAGUCCACCAACUGCCCAUACUACAAUGAGUAUUUUGUCUUUGACUUCCACGUUCCUCCUGAUGUCAUGUUUGACAAGAUCAUCAAGCUCUCAGUGAUUCACUCCAAAAACCUCCUUCGGAGUGGGACCUUGGUGGGAACAUUUAAGAUGGAUGUUGGGACAGUUUACUUUCAGCCUGAACACCAGUUCUACCACAAGUGGGCCAUCCUGUCUGACCCUGAUGACAUCACAGCUGGAUGUAAAGGAUAUGUUAAGUGUGACAUUGCUGUGGUUGGAAAGGGUGACAACAUCAAGACACCACAUAAGGCCAACGAGACUGAUGAAGACGACGUAGAGGGAAACCUCCUGCUCCCAGAGGGCAUCCCAGCCGAGAGGCAGUGGGCAAGGUUUUAUGUGAAGAUCUACCGUGCAGAGGGACUUCCUAAAAUGAACACCAGCAUAAUGGCAAAUGUGAAAAAGGCCUUCAUAGGAGAGAACAGAGAUCUGGUGGACCCCUACGUUCAAGUGCAGUUUGCUGGGCAGAAAGGGAAAACUUCUGUCCAGAAGAGCAGUUAUGAACCGAUCUGGAAUGAGCAGGUCGUCUUUACUGAACUCUUCCCUCCACUCUGCAAACGCCUGAAGAUCCAGAUUCGAGACUCAGAUAAGGUCAACGACGUUGCCAUAGGAACCCAUUUUAUUGACCUACGCAAGAUAUCAAAUGAUGGUGAUAAAGGGUUCCUGCCCACCAUGGGCCCGGCCUGGGUCAACAUGUACGGCUCCACUCGUCAGUACACUCUGAUGGACGAGCACCAGGACCUGAAUGACGGACUUGGAGAAGGAGUGUCCUUUAGAGCCCGACUUCUGAUCUCUGUCGCCGUGGAGAUCCUGGACACCACUUCCCCUGAAAUCAUCAGUUCCACUGAUGUCCAGGUGGAGACUGUGUCCAACAUCUCAGAGAGCGCCACAGGGAAAAUAGAAGAGUUCUUCCUCUUCGGUUCCUUCCUGGAGGCCACCAUGAUCGACAGGAAGAUUGGUGACAAAACGAUAAGUUUCGAAAUUACAAUAGGUAACUACGGCAACCAGAUAGAUGGUGUAAGCAAGCCCUCAUCAGUGAAGAAAAAGAAGAAAGAUGCAGAGAACGAAGAGGAGGAGAGCGAGCUCAUUCACAACUCGAGCGAGGACGAGGCGGACGAGGGGGGGGACAUGGUCUCAGUCUCCUCCACUCCGCUUAUGAGGCCCGUCAUCACAGACAGAAAUUACUUUCAUCUUCCCUACUUUGAAAAGAAGCCGUGUGUCUACAUCAAGAGCUGGUGGCAGGACCAAAGAAGACGACUAUACAACUCCAAUAUGAUGGACAAGAUCGCUGACAAGCUGGAGGAGGGUUUGAAUGAUGUUCAGGAGGUCAUAAAGACGGAGAAGGCCUUUCCAGAGCGCAGACUCAGGGGAGUGCUGGAGGAGCUCAGUGUUGGCUGCAGUCGCUUCGUGACUCUGGCUAACAAGGACGUGAACCAGGCAGGCAGAACCAAACUGGAUCGAGAACGGCUCAAGUCCUGCAUGAGGGAAAUGGACAGCAUGGGUCAGCAGGCCAAGCAGAUUCGGACUCAGGUGAAGAAGAACACGGUCAGAGACAAACUCAAGCUGGCACAGAACUUCCUGCAGAAGCUCCGUUUCCUCGCUGAUGAGCCUCAGCACAGCACACCAGAUGUUUUCAUCUGGAUGAUGUGUAACAACAAGCGUAUCGCUUAUGCCCGGAUUCCCUCCAAAGACAUCCUGUACUCCAUAGUGGAUGAGGAAACUGGUAAAGACUGUGGUAAAGUCAAAGCCGUCUUCCUCAAGCUGCCUGGUAAGAAGGGCUUUGGUCCUGCAGGUUGGACCGUGCAAGCUAAGCUGGAGUUGUAUCUAUGGCUGGGCCUCAACAAGCAGAGAAAGGACUUCCUCAGCGGUUUGCCCAAUGGUUUUGAAGAGAUUAAAGCUGCCAAUAUGGGCCCCAGUCUUCAGUCUGUCCCUCCUGUCAGCCUUGUCUACAACAUGAAGCAGGUUUUUCAGCUGCGAGCACACAUGUACCAGGCCCGCAGUCUGUUUGCUGCUGACAGCAGUGGCCUUUCAGACCCCUUUGCUCGGGUCUUCUUCUCCACACACAGCCAGGUCACUGAGGUCCUGAGUGAGACCCUUUGUCCUACGUGGGACCAGCUGCUGGUGUUUGACGAUGUGGAGUUGUUCGGGGAGGCCAGCGAGCUGAGAGACGACCCGCCGAUCAUUGUCGUUGAAAUCUUUGACCAGGACACUGUGGGCAAGGCAGAGUUCAUAGGUAGGACGUUUGCGAAGCCCACCAUCAAGAUGUGUGACGAGCACUAUGGCCCGCCGAGGUUCCCGCCGCAGCUGGAGUACUACCAGGUUUACAGAGGGAACUGCACCGCAGGGGAACUCCUGGCUGCAUUUGAACUGCUGCAGAUUGGCCAAGGAGGCAGAGUUGAGCUUCCUCCCCUUGAGGGCCCAACGGACUCAGAGCAUGGGCCCAUUCUUCCUGUGCCGUUGGGCAUCAGACCAAUCUUGAGCCGCUACCGCAUUGAAGUUUUGUUCUGGGGGUUAAGGGACCUUAAGAGGAUUAAUUUGGCUCAGGUGGAUCGACCUCGUGUGGAUAUAGAGUGUGCGGGUAGAGGUGUCCAAUCUGCUCUCAUCCAGAACUACAAGAAAAACCCCAACUUCAGCACCUUGGUCAAAUGGUUUGAGGUGGACCUUCCAGAGAAUGAGCUCCUGCACCCUCCUCUCAACAUCCGGGUGGUGGACUGUCGAGCGUUUGGCCGAUACAUCCUGGUUGGGUCGCAUGCUGUCACCAGCCUGAGACGCUUCAUCUACAGCGCCCCAGACAAGACCUCCAACAACUGGGCCACUGCAGCUAAGCUAAUGAACGGCUACAUGGUCCUUGCAAAUGGUGGCUCGCAGCCUUGCUCCUCACCCAGCAUUUCCUCCCGCACAUUCUCUCGCCCCGCAGGUGACAUCAUCGUCAACUUGGACGCUGAACCUCUGGCCCGAAAGAUGGACACAGUCGUCAAGUUAGAUGCCAUGUCUGAUGCUGUUGUAAAAGUUGACAUGACUGAAGAGGAGAUCGACAAAGAGAAGAAGAAGAAGAAGAAGAAAAAGAAGGGAGGAGUCGAGGAAGAAGAAGAGACGGAUGAGAGCGUGCUGGACUGGUGGUCCAAAUAUUUUGCCUCGAUAGAGACGCUGAAGGAGACCCUAAGAGCUCAGGAGGCAGCUCAGGCAGAGGCGGAGGAGAGAGAGGACCUGGAGAUAGCUGCAGAGGCGGCAGACAUCAAACCCGAUGACCUUCUUCUGAAAGGCUCCAAGAAUAAAGAGAAGAGCAAAGACAAGAAGAGCUCCAAGGACAAGAAGAAGAGUCAGGCUGGGGACGGGGCUGAGAAACGACCAGUUAAAGCGAGAGUAGACGAGCUGAUGGUUUACAACAAGGAGCUGGAGAGUGAGUACGGCAACUUUGAAGACUGGCUUCACACUUUCAACCUGUACAGAGGAAAAGCUGGGGACGACGACGAGCACGCUCUGGAUGACGAUAGGAUUGUCGGCAGAUUCAAAGGAUCCCUGUGUAUGUACAAGCUGCCUCUGUCGGAGGAGAUCACCAGAGAGGCAGGAUUUGAUCCUAACAUGGGCAUGUUCCAGAGCAUUCCUCAUAACGAUCCAAUCAACGUCCUCGUCCGUGUCUAUGUGGUCAGGGCUACAGAUCUUCAUCCUGCUGAUAUCAAUGGGAAGGCUGAUCCGUACGUUGUCAUCAAACUGGGCAAGUCAGAGGUCAAAGACAAAGAGAACUACAUCUCCAAACAGCUCAAUCCUGUGUUUGGCAAAUCAUUUGACAUCGAGGCCACAUUCCCCAUGGAGUCCAUGCUGACAGUGUCUGUGUACGACUGGGACUUGGUCGGCACUGAUGACCUGAUCGGAGAGACGAAAAUCGACCUGGAGAAUCGUUUCUACAGCAAAUACAGAGCCACCUGUGGCAUUUCAUCCAACUACUCUCUCCACGGAUACAAUGUGUGGCGGGACCCUUUGAAGCCCAGUCAGAUCCUGGCCAAGCUCUGUAAGGACGGAAAGAUCGAUGGACCUCAUUACGGACCUGGAGGCAAAGUCAAGGUGGCGAGUCGAAUAUUCCUGGGACCAACAGAGAUAGAAGAUGAGAACGGUUUGAAGAAGCAGACUGAGGAGCAUUUGGCUCUGUCAGUGCUGAACCACUGGGAGGAGAUCCCGAGAGUGGGCUGCAAACUCAUCCCCGAGCACGUGGAGACCAGACCCCUGCUGAACCCCGACAAGCCCGGCAUCGAACAGGGCCGCAUUGAGAUGUGGGUCGAUAUGUUUGCUAUGGACAUGCCUGCUCCUGGACCAGCGAUUGACAUAGCUCCACGGAAACCAAAGAGAUAUGAGCUCAGGGUGAUUAUUUGGAAUACAGACGAAGUAAUACUGGAGGACGAUGAUUACUUCACUGGGGAAAAGUCCAGUGACAUAUUUGUCAGGGGGUGGCUGAAGGGGCAGCAGGAGGACAAGCAGGACACAGACGUGCACUAUCACUCGCUGACCGGCGAGGGCAACUUCAACUGGCGCUUCGUCUACCCCUUCGAUUACCUCAUGGCUGAAGAGAAGAUCGUCAUCUCUAAGAAAGAGUCCAUGUUCUCCUGGGACGAGACCGAAUACAAGAUCCCUCCUCGCCUCACGAUGCAGGUGUGGGACGCCGACCACUUCUCUGCAGAUGACUUCCUGGGUGCAAUUGAGCUGGACCUGAACCGUUUCCCCCGCGGUGCCAAGACGGCCAAGCAGUGCUCCCUGGACAUGAUCCGAAAUGAGCAGGAGCUUCCCACCAUCUCCAUCUUCAAACAGAAGAGAGUGAAAGGCUGGUGGCCAUUUGUGGCCCGUGAUGAGAACGAUGAGAUGGAGCUGACCGUGCGUCAUGAGAUAAUGAGUGGAUAACUACACAAACAUGCAUAAAAUCAUCGUCUAAAAAUUCCUCUUAUAAAUUCCACAGUAAAUUCAACGCAAAAUCCCUGUCCACACCUGAAACUUUCCAAACACCACCGCCCAGACACCACCUUCCUGUGGUUCCUGAGCCCGUUGAAAGCCAUCCGCUACCUGGUGUGCAACCGCUACAAGUGGCUGAUCAUCAAGAUCGUGCUGGCCCUGCUGCUGCUCAUCAUGCUGGGCCUCUUCCUCUACAGCAUGCCGGGCUACCUUGUCAAGAAGCUGCUGGGGGCCUGAGAGGGCUGCUGGGAGGACAGGCAAGGCGGGUGGUGGGCCGGAUGGGUUGAGGAAUGGGGGGGUGGAAAUCUCUGUCUCUCUUUGUCUCAGAAAAAUAGGCACUUUGUCCAUCCGGUCUAUUAUUUCUCCACUUUGAUCCGUUCAGAUCUUCCUGUACAGCUCGCCACCUAAGACUACGCCCCCUCCUGGAAGUCAGAGAAGCGCUAACACCCGCAUCCUCUCUUCAGCACAACUAAACUCUCAGCAUCUCGACUCCAUCUUUGAACUGACCACGCCGCAGUCACAUGACACAAAUUAACCCCUGAUCUGACCCGAAACUUCCUAUUUUCAACGUCACCUGACAAUGAAUGUUUCUUUUUCCGUCUAUACAGCUUUUAAUUAAUUCAUUUACUUAUUUAUUUAUUUAUUCAACUAAAUCCGAGUGUUGGAUUCGUGGUCAGGCAAAUGCAUGGACGUACAUUACAAGUGAUGUUGUAACAUCUCCCAUUACCGCUACAGUUUCGGCUAUUGAUAUAGGUUAGUAGGGAACAAGUAUUUACUGUCAACACUUUGCUUUGAGUACUCGUAUUUAGUUUUUAUGAGAACUAUAUAAACAUUUAAUAAACAGUUUACACAUUAUAAUGUAGUUUUGAGCACAUAUUGGGACAUUUUGAGUAAAAAAAAAAAUUACAUAAUAAGUCUCUUGUAAAGACAUAUUUUAUCUGUUUUAUUACGUUGCCGACAUCCACUCUUGUUUGCCCUCAAAUACUUGAAUCUAAAUUGUACUGUUAGAAACUAAUAAUGUUUAGAUUGAACUUAUAAAUGCUAAAUGUGGCUGCUGAAACAAAAGUGUUGCUGUUUUUUUUAUAGCUCUUGCAGUCUUUGCACACUUCAAAAAUAAUAAUGAAGAAACAAACAAUAAAGAUGUCUAUUUUCCUAAUGAAAUUCAAUGAGACACGGAACAAGAUGACUUCAAAAUGAAAAACUAAUAAGGAAACGAUGAGUAAGCUUUCUACGUGGUUUAGAUAAACUGUUCAUUUUUAUUGAAUUGUUUGCAAUUUAGCAAAGUUUGGUCCAACAGCUUCUGCAAAUAAUUUGAAGAAAAAAAAUUUAAAUUCCAUUUAUUUAACGUGAACUAUACAAGCACAAGUCAGCCUAUUCUCUGAGAAUUCCCUGUGCUUUGUAAUAAAAUCCUCACUGGACAAUACAACAAAUAAAAUCAAUAGUCAAAUCAUUAUCAAAAAUAAUGAAUGCAACAAAUACUAAAUGUAGAACUACACUGUUUGUCAACGUGCAUGCAUCAUAAUGAUAACCGAGGUCAUGUGUAUUGCCAUGGCUCGUCACUCCAGCCUGAUACAAACCAAAUCACCAACUCUACUGUGUAAAAACUUCAGAUAAAGUAAAGAUGGAAAUAUGAUCAAAGUGCACUUGAGUGGGAAAGUGGCUCAGCGUUGACUCUGGAAACUCUGGCCCAGUCUACACAUGAGAAGACAUUGUUAUCCCAUUUAAAAAAACUUUGCCUGUGCUUGACCUCAUUUGUGUUGCAGUCUUUGUUUGUGAUUCUGUGUUCCACUGAUUACAGAAUUAUCGGUUGCACUAAACUUGCCUGUUUUUACGAUGAAUUUUGUGUAUUGUAUGAUAUAGUGGUUCAAAGGUGUGCGUUAUUUAUUUUUUGUCUGUUUUGACAAUUUGAAAUAAACUGGAUUCCAAGGAAAA